AUGUUUCUAUGUGGGCAGGAGAUUGUCAAUUAUAUCUGUGACGACGAUGAUAUUAAAGCUAUAUCAUUUGUUGGUUCAAAUAAUCAUUCUACACCCCCAAAACCAAUAUUAUUCUACCCGGGAUUAGAAUCUGGAAUGCACAUAUAUGCCAGGGCAGCAGCUAGAGGCAAACGAGUUCAGUCCAAUAUAGGAGCUAAAAAUCAUGCGAUAGUUAUGCCUGACGCGAGUGCGGAUGCCACUUUGGAUGCUUUGGUUGCUGCUGGUUUUGGUGCUGCAGGACAGAGGGAAGAAGAGCUUGUGGCGCGUGCCAAAGCACUCAAAGUAAAUGCAGGAACAGAGGCUGGAGCUGACCUUGGACCAGUUAUAAGUAAAGAGGUAAAAGAUCAAAUAUGCAAAUUAGUUCAAAGUGGCGUUGAUAGUGGUGCUCGACUUGUUCUCGAUGGAAGAAACACCGUGGUAUACCAUGCUUUUCUUUACCAUUUGAUCAUGUGCGCGUUGGUUUUUGCUUGA